AUAAAGCUCAUAACGUUAUAUACUUUUAUAAGCAAAACAUCUUACAGUAAGAUGACUUUUUCACGAAAAAUUAAAAAAUUCUUCACCAAAGAAGACUAUGAUUUCGAUUCGCCCGACGUAAAUUUGAGAAACUUUCAUCCACAAUUGUACAUUUACCUAGCGGCUAUGGGCAUUUUCACAAAUAAUCAGGAAUCGCUUCUAAGAUUCUUUUGGCCUUUUUUAUGUAUUUCAAUUACAAUUGUUGCCAUAGUUUUAGAAGCAAUGUUUGUGGUUCACGGUGUUCUUAUCAAAGACUAUGCAUUUGCAACAGAAUGCUUCUUUUAUUUUUUACUCCUAGGAAUGAUUCUCGCUGUGUAUGCUAGCGUACUUUACAAUAAGAAUGAAAUUCUUCAACUAAUAGACGACAUGAACAAUGAUUUUGUUUUUAUUCGUACAAUGGAAUCUAAAUACAGAAAUUCUUUUUUGAUGGGUCAAUUGCUCAUACAUAAAUCAUGCUGCAUAUGGUACUCCUUCACAACGAGCAUUGGUAUACUGUACAUUUUACUGAUCUUAAGCUCUUUGGUGAUGCAUGGUUUACUUAAAUCCAGCAAUGAUGUAAACAGACCUCUACUGUUCCCUAUGUGGCUGCCUGCUGAUGAUCCGUACAGGACACCAAACUAUGAAAUAUUCCUCUCUAUCGAAAUAUGUUUUUUGAUUAUUGUGAAUCAAGCAUUUUCUGGGUACAUUUAUAUGUUAUUUCACGUAUUGUUGCAUUACUACUACAUCUUGGAUAUGAUUAUGAAGGAUUUUGAAGUAAUAUUUGAUGGUCUAGACGAAUCAGUAUCGUGCUUACUCCCGAAGGACCCACUACGUAAACAAGUGCAGUCUACAUUGAACGGUAGAAUGAAACGGAUCGUCCAGUGGCAUCUCGCAGUAUUUAAGGCCGUGAAAAUAGUAUCAUCUGUAUUUGGGCCACCUCUAGUCUAUCAAGUGAUGUUCUCUUCAAUUGCUAUAUGUUUACUAGCAUAUCAAGUCGCUGAUAGUUUAGAGAGAGGAAAGGUCCAUGUCAUUUUUAUAAUGUUACUCACGGCCGGCAUCCUUCAGUUGUGGAUACCAUGUUAUAUUGGUACCUUACUACGAAACAAAGGCUAUGCAGUGGGCGAAGCGUGUUGGAACAACGGCUGGCACAACACUUAUCUCGGUAGACUGAUCCGCGCCGACAUGGUGCUUGUAAUACAACGCUCGCAGCAGCCACUUGCAAUAAAAUUUAUUGGGCUGCCACAAUUGCAGUUGGAGACAUUUUCCUCGAUCAUGACUACUGCGUAUUCCUACUUCAACAUGCUUAGGCAAUAUAAUUCAGAUUCUUAAAAACUUACAAAAGCUACAAACUUACACUAAUAAAUUAAGUAAAAAUAAAAUACUAUCAAUUCCUUAUGCAAUGUGUUUGGAUAUACAUAUAUAAUAGAAACAAUUUAAAAUUAUUGAUUAGUAAUAAUUGAAUUAAAUUUACUAAUAAAAAU